AAACUUGUCCCACCUGCAGACGUUUCCAGCUAAUCCCCGAGAGUUCCAUUGCGCAUGCUCCGGGCGCCACAGACCGGGUAGGGCGAGAGAGUGUGUUUGCAGUGUGCUGUGUCUAGUUGUCUAUAGAGUGCCUGAGUUACACAGGAAUCUUCCUUCCCUCCUUCUUCAUGAGUAGAAGUCAAAAAUAAAACGUACAGCUGCGCCGAAUCAGCAGUGCCAGUCCUGCCGACACCGGCCUUGAAAUGCAGAUAUAACGGAGGAGAGAGUCAGCCACCUGCCUGCGAGGAUACUUACACACACACACACAGACUGAAAGAGAGAGGGAGAAGCAGAAACCUGCCCGACCGAUGCGGACUGCAGUGGCGUUUCCCGGCUUUACGCAUUCCCGCAUUCCGCACACGCACUCGUGACAAGGACGCGAGCUUCAUAAGCACCUUAUAACUCCAUCCGCCGUCUCUGUUCCCUGGAUGUUAUUCCCUAGGCAGGUGAUAAAUUGCAUCGGCUGGUAGCAUGGACAGAAUACAAGAAUAUGGAUGGAUUCAGUAUCUGUAAAAUGUGGAUUUGAUUAAUACAACACACUAACAGUUUAUGUAAAUGGAUUAAAAGAAGGGGGAAGAAUCAAUCGGAUGCUCUCCAUGUCUAACAUUAUGCCUUGAAGAAAAAUGUAAAAGUAAUCUGCCUCACUGCAUGAUGGCACCUGAAAUGACCAAGAUUGACCUGUUGAGACUUUGACCAAACUAUCACAGGAGGCAGCAUCAGGUCUCAGCACUGUGACCUGAGCCAUGCAGAAGUGCUUCCCAUCGACUCCUCCACCCAAAGCCCUCCAUCCACAGCCUACACAUCAUCAACCAUCCCCACGAUCCACACCUACCCAUAGUCUCCCUCCAGAGCAAUUGAACCAGUGUGUAAGCACUGCUCUGAGUCAUAGCAUGGCUAGUAAAAAUGUGAAACCGCACCGCUCAUCCUAUUCCUCAUCUUCUGUGCCAGUCUCUGGCCCAGGGACUCCUUCUCGAGGCUCCCAGCAACCUCAUGGUUCCACUCGGCCAUUAGAGCUUGGUCAAACAUCUGUAGUUACCUUCAGCUACAUUGAGAAAUCAAAUGUAAAGCAACUGGAAAGUCCACACAACUUCUUGAGGAUGCAAAAAGAGUCUGCUCAGCCACAUAAGAAUGAUCCGGCCUUGUCUGUUCCCUCAGGCUCCUGCAGCAAUAAUAAUCCUUUUCACCAGCAGGCGGGGUCAACCGCUCUCAACCGAGGCACUGUGGACUGUGCAGUCACACUGGGUCGAGCAGCCACCCAAAGGGCCCUAGAGGAAUUUGGGUCACCCGAACUAAGGUCUAAAUUUGCCCAAGGGCCAGAUUGGAGUCCAGGGCAGAAACUCAACCAGCAAAUGCAAUGUCAGUCAUGGGCAGGAUCUCCUGGUCAUGACACUUAUUCACAUAACUAUGAUACAGACAUACCAAGUACUCCAUAUGGCCCAUCAAGUAUCCCAGCCUCACACUGUUUGUCAUCCCACACAGGACACUCCAACAUCUCCUUAGAGCAAAACUCCAGCCCCAGGGUCCAGCAAGAUCCAAAACUACACCAGCUAACACAUGAAGGCACUUCCAGUGGAGUGGAUGGCAGUCCUCUCUCAGGUCAGAAAGGCACUUUGUUGAUCACUAAUGCACAUUCUGAAGGUUUAAACCAGCUCAGUGGCAGCAAUGCAUCCUCAGCACUGAACAGUCCGGAGGUAGCACGUAGGCUUGCAGAGGAAGCCACCAAAAUCUCGGUUAUUUUUGAUGAUAUCCGAAAGUCCCCUGCCCAUGAUGCUUUUGGAAUCUGGAGUGAGCUAGGCAGCCCCAAACAGUCUCCAAACUGCCCCUCCCAACAUCGAAGCCCACCUAUGAAAAUGAAUAUCCCUUUACAUGGGAUGCAUUCUGAUCUCUCUGUAACAAAUGGAGCUACUCCUUGCUCACAAGCAACAGAGUCUUUAGCCAAUCAUAGCCCUGAAAGGGGUGAGCAAACCAAUUACUUCUGCAGCCCAAUCCCUUUAGGACAGACCCCUGACUCCCCAGCUCUCCCAUCUCAUACAAUGCAUCGAUGGCUGUCUAAAGGUGACAAGGACUCGCCCUUACGGGACCCUCGUGUACUUUGGGGUGACGUGUCAAGCACAGACAGUCCCACACUGCACAGGAGGAGACUUCCUCAGUACAAAGGUGAAGUCUGGUACCAUCAUGAUGCCUGGGAUCUGUACCCACAUGGGCACAGUGAGACCAGGGACGAACCUGUGUCUGACAGUGUGGAGAUCUCCAGGAGACUUCUUAUUGGGCAGCAUAUUGAGGAAGCACCAAUCAGCUGGACCUUCAUGCAGAGGUGGCGGGAGCAAAGUGCGAUCGAAAUGGAGAUGCCUAACCCAGUUCAGAGAUCAGGAGAGAGUGAGACAGGAGCAGUCGAGGACCAAGGUGUAGUAGUGGGCACAGACCUGCCAACAGGGCAGGGGAUGCUCACUUUGACACUGGAACAGAAGCAGGCACAAUGGAGACGCAGACAAGCUUUGCUACUUGGCCCUGUUGUACUGGAUGAAGAGAAUGAGGAGAGGGCAGAGGUGGAGCAGAACGGUGUGCCAACUUCAUCGCCAAGCUCCAGUGGGGUCACAGGGAGUUUGGGAGAUCAUGAGUGUCUCUCACCUGAAUCCAUCAGUAACAGUAACCAGAUGAACCAGAUGGAACAUGCCAGCUCAGGUAUACAGUCUGAUAGUGGCUCAGCUCUACUGGGGCCAUCUCUGCACUCCCAGAAGAUUGCUCGAGCCAAGUGGGAGUUCUUGUUCGGCACCACAACUGAUACAAGAGAUGUCUCCAGUGAACAAGAGAAGAACCUGUGUACUGCACCUCCUAGUUGCCACUCCACCCCAACUCCACCAAAUUACCUACCGCUGGAGGAAGUUGCUCUCCGAGCCAAUCAUGACGUGCAGCGUGUCGAAGUGGAGCUUGUGACCCCUCCGCCUGCUGCUCCAGGCACGUCCCCGAAAACAGGCAUAAUCCGCCGGACUCAGAAGUACUCCGAGACGGAUCUAGAUGCAGUUCCAUUAAGGUGUUACUGGGAGACUGACAUUGAUGAGGUGCUGCUGGCUGACAAGGACGACUCUGACUCAGCUUUCGGGAGCAACCGUAGUGUGAUGGGCACCUCCGGUACAGGGAGCAGCCCACUGGGAGAAACGGCAUACAAGAGAACAGAUGGUGUGGAGGAGGAGGAAGAUGUGGCCAGCUGGGCGAGUGUUCGCACACAGUGUGAUAUGAGAAGGCAGCAGGCCAGUCAAGAGCAGGAUGAGGAGGAGAUACUUAGCAUGCUUUUCAAAAGUUUAAAUAACAGUCACCCAGCACUGAAAUCACCUGUUCUAGUACGAGGUCCACCCCGAACUUUGGGUGACCACAUGGACACUUUUAGUCACCAUUUUGAGAGCAUCCUGGAGUCCCAGCGAGCAAAAGGCACCUCCUACAACAGCCUGGACAGCCUGGAGCUCCCGACCACCAGCUCUCAGACCAUGCUGACGUUUGACCUCCCAACCCUGACCACACAGGUGAAGGCUCAGAUGUAUCACAGUGCACGGCAGAUCGUGGAGCUGAGCUUUGCCCCCCUUGCACAUGCUGAGAUGCCCAGUGUGUCUGAGUCGGCUCUCACCAUUACGGGGGACACGGAUGCCACGAGGGCACCGUCUAGCGAACGGCUCAGCAGCGGCUCAGACGACAGGUCAGCUGGACACAACUGGACCAAUGACAAUGUGUUCCUACUGCCCAGGGAGAAAUCUUCACGGCUGGCCACAGAUGCAGUCUUGGAUCAGGAGCUGAAUGAGCGUUUGGGACUUGGAAGCUAUGACACGCUAACCAGCAGUAACCGUGCUGACCUGGAGGGUGCUAAGCGAUUGGCUAAACGACUCUACAACCUCGAUGGGUUCAGGAAGUGUGAUGUUGCUCGUCACUUAAGCAAGAAUAAUGAUUUCAGCAGGAUGGUAGCAGCAGAGUACCUGGGUUACUUUAAUUUUACAGGACAGACUUUGGAUCAGGCACUGAGGACUUUCCUACGGGAAUUUGUGCUAAAGGGAGAAACACAGGAGCGAGAGCGAGUCCUAGCUCACUUCUCACACAGAUACCUGCAGUGCAACCCUAUCCUCACACUCUCUGAAGACAGCAUCCACACACUGACCUGCUCCCUGAUGCUACUCAACACAGACCUGUAUGGGCAGAAUAUUGGCAAGCGGAUGUCCUGCACGCAGUUCAUUGGAAAUCUGGAGGGACUGAACAACGGCCAAGAUUUCCCAAAAGAGCUCCUCAAGGCUCUCUACAACUCCAUUAAGAAUGAGAAGCUUCAAUGGACAAUUGAUGAGGAGUUGCGUAAGUCAUUCUCGGAGUUGGGAGAUCACCGUGAAGACACAAAUUCAAGAGGCAUGAAGUGCACAGGGAGUGGGAUAGUACAAGGGUCUGGUGCACUUCUCUACAUGACCGGAUUCUUGGUCCGCAAAGUCCACGCUGACAGUGACGGCAAAAGAACCCCACGGGGGAAGAGAGGUUGGAAGACGUUCUGUGCUGUCCUGAAGGGUCUUAUUCUUUACCUCCAGAAGGGUGAGUUACGUCCUGAUAAGCAGCUUUCUGAUGAAGAUAUGAAGAAUGCUGUGUCCAUCCACCACUCACUGGCUGUUAGAGCCACCGAUUAUCACAAGCGGCCAAACGUAUUCUACCUGCGCACGGCCGACUGGAGGGUCUACCUUUUCCAAGCCCCGAAUGCAGAACAAAUGCAGUCUUGGAUCACCCGCAUUAAUACAGUAGCAGCCUUGUUUUCUGCCCCGCCCCUCCCAGCUGCCAUUGGCUCCCAGAAGAAAUUCAGUCGCCCUCUGCUACCAGGCUCUGCUUCCAAACUCUCACAGGAUGAGCAGGUAGAGGCUCACGAGGCUCGCUUUCAUGCCUCCUCCACGGAGUUGGUGGAACUCCGGUCAUACCCACCUGACCGGAAAGUCAAAGGUCGUGAGCUUGAGGAGUACCGACUUAGGGAAGAGUAUUUGGAGUUUGAGAAAACCCGAUACGAGACGUACAGCAUGCUGCUGAGAGCGAAGCAGCGCUGUGGGAGUGACGAUCUUUCAGUUUUCGAGGCCAUGCUGCUGGCAGAAGGCUCUCUACAGAGGGCUCAGUCCAGCCCCAGUCUCCAGGAGAGCAUUGGCACAUGCAGCAUCAGAGACAAGGUUCCUCCUGUCACGGGCAAUGGCACCGGCACCAGCCAAGGCCAGAGACACAGCUAUCGUCAGGCUGUCAGGAAGUGACUCAAAAACCUCACAGAAAGCUCUUCGUACUAGAAAGGAAGUGAGGUCAUUCUCUUUUCCUGCUCUCUGUGCCUGGAGGUAGUGGCAUUGAUCCAGACUGAGUCUGACUCUGAGGUCAGAGUCACAGUGCAGGUGCUGAGUAAUGAUGUGGAGGUAGAGGAACGUGUGUGAGACACUCCAUGGUGUUUGUCAAGGGCUGACUUGAGAGACAGAAGGAAUUUAUCUGCUCGUCUUUCUUUCACAUCUUCAGUUUCCAUGUGUUCUUUGGAUUUGCACACUUUCGCUCAAAUUUCAGAUCAAAUCAAUCCUAGGACCAAAAGAGCUCUGUACCUUUAAAAAUGACUGUUAGCACUGCAGCAUCAUAACCGCAGUUGUGUAAGGGUCAUUCAGACAAAAUCAAAUCGGCGGAGUUGGCGAUCUGUCUUUUUACAAUACAUACUGAAAUACCACUCACUACUCAUAUUAGUUAAGCUCAUAGGAACAAAGGGCAUCUCAUUCCACAAGGUCACAUCUAAUUUGUGCCCACAAUUUUCUACAUGCUUAUAUAGCACAGAGCUGUUGCAUUUCUGUAUGAAGCUGGACUGAAUCACAAACAGCUCCCUGUAGGAUUUUAGUGCAGUACCAAGGGUGUGAAAACUUAUGCCCUGUGUAUAGCAAUAUAGUCAAGCCGGAAGCCAUUUUGAAUAGAUUCUGUCCAGCCCUUAUUUUAACCAGAAAUCACUUCCCAGAAUCAACCAUGGUGUAAAGAUGUGUCCGACUGACUGACGUGACGUGACUGACUGAUGUGAGUGAGCACUAAAAAUAAUGCCCUGUGGCAAUACAACUUUAAAAAUGUCUUGUGGACUGAGCAGAUAAUAUUUGUCGAGGGAUCAAACAAGUGGCUUUUCAUUUUGAAUGCAAAAAAUUAUUAUGCCCCAGAAUGUCUCUUGCACUCAAAUAUUCUUACCUUUAUUAUACGUCUCUGGAAUUUAUUUACCUUUGAAUAUUAUAACUUGUUACUUGUCCUUGUUCAUUUAUUUAUUUUUUUUCUUAGUUUUCUUGGCUGAGUGUUUUUGUCCAAUGUGGCCAGCAUGGCUGAAUAGUGAUGGCUUCUUGUAAUCUCCUCUUUUCUGCAGAAAAGCAGUGAAACUAGUGAUGAUGAGAAAUAUACCAUGUCAUUUGGCUGUCUUUUAGGCUUCACAUGUUUCUUACCUUGCUUUCUGAAUGACCCGUAUUACACCUGGUAGUUUCAUGCAUCUCCGAUGUUCAGAUUAAUUCUGGAUGUAAUGCAUUUAAAACUACUUAAAUCCGAUUUGUUAACCAUUUUCAUGUAUGUGAAAGUCACCUAUGAUAACCAAAAUCCUGGUACCAAUAUAUUACAUCCGAAGAAAGCUGGCACCAUUAAUAUAUUUAAAAACCUGCACACACAUUGUUUUUUUUUUUUUCCUUCUUUUUUUCUUUUUUUUUUUUUAAGGCAACCAUAUUUGCAUAGGACAACUAGGUCAAAGGUCAAAAUAGAAAGCUCAUUACGAGAGAGAGCGCAAUCUAAUUUCAAUCUGGCCAUAGAACCAUAGAUAUUUCGCCCAUAAAAGGAAAUGUAAAUCUUAUCAAAAUUCAAUUUAAAUACAAGACACAUGUAAUGACUAGGUGUCAGUGUGAGCAGUUGUUACAAUUCAGUCUAUUAUUGUGUUAUGUUUUCUAUGUGUAUAUGAAUGAGUGUUUGGGGGGAAAAAAAUCAUUAAAUGUAUGUAGAAUGUUCGGUACAUGGAUGGAUCAUGGAUUAUCAGUUUAUGGAUCAUCAACUGCAGCUUGUUCAGCAUAGGCCUAUAUUUGUAUGCUCAGUCAGAACAUUUCCAUGUUAAAUUAUUUGGCACGCUUUGACCUGUGCGAGAGAUAUUAAUACACAGGUGAAACUGUAAUGUCUGUAUAAUGUAUGUAUAUUAAUUACUGAGGCAUCGUCUAUUAGAAUAUUAUUAACUCAGUGAGUCAUGGUGAUGAGAUUCUGCAAUCACAUUUAGAGUACAUUUGUUCUCACCAUAUAAUAUAUUUAUUAUUCUGUUUGGUAAAAUGGUUUCAGCAAGUAAAUGUGGCGUAAAAAACAA